AAAAACGAAUUUGAAAAUUGUGCAAAAAUAAUUUGUUUUUAAAUCAAUAUUAAAUAAAUUAAUGCUAAAUAAUAAUUAGAAACUAAUACUCAACAUAGAUAUUUCACAAAAGUAGAUAUAAUAAAAAAGGUUAGCAACUUUAUUUUAAAAAUAUUAAGUUUAAAAAAUUAAAAGAUUAACUGUUAAUAGAUCUAAAUGAUGGUUAGGCAAUAAAAUAACUAGAAUACACAGAGUUAAAGCAAUAUCACAACCAGUGUUAGUCAAUAUACAUCAGAAGAUUCCUAAAAUUCUUAGGUUCAAAGAGAAAACAGGAAUAAAAUAAUCUUAAAGUAUGAUGAAAACAUUGCCAAAAUAGUUGCUUUGGGCAUGGAAGAAAAGCUCAUAAAAAAUUAAUUGGGAAAAAUAGAUAUAUCAGAUGCACUUGUCAAAGUGAGUAGUAAUGUUAACAUUUUUAGUGUUAAGUAGAGUGCUAAUUUUUUGUUUGCAAUAUCUAAAUUGAUAAAUUAUGGAUAUCUCUCGCUAAAUUAGGAAUUAAAAGAUUUCUUUGCAAGAUUUAAAGAUUAGAUUAUGAAGUAGUAGUAGCAGUAAUAGUAAAAAGAAAAGUAACAUAGAUCUAGCAGAAAAAAUUAGACUAAAAAAAGACUCAGAGACGCAGCAAAGGAGAUAGCUGAUAACUUAAGCAACAGCAUUGAUGAAAGAUCUAACACUUCUAUUUAGUAACCUAGACAUAUUUCUACAGAAGAGAGACUGAAUAUGCAAGAAUAGAAUCUGAUAUCACCUCUCGCUAUGAUGAUUAAUUAAAGAUCUGAUUUAGAUUCAGAUAAUGAAAAUUCAAAUACAGGUUUUAGCGAUAAUUUACCUGAUCCUAAUUAACAAAGACUUAUGAUGCUUGGAGAGGAUAAUUUAGCUGGGAUAGAAUUUGAUGGGGGACUUGGCAUGGAUACAGGUUUUGAUUAUGAUGGAUUUUAGUAUGAUUUUAGUGAACAAGAUAGUUAAAGCUAAGGAUUCAAUAAGGUUAAUGGAAAUGCUAUAAAUAUCUCCCAAGAAUUAAAUUAAGUUGGCGACAUCUCUGAAAGAUAUAUAAGAAAAAUUACCAAUUAUGCCAAUUAACAAUCUUCAAAAAAGAAAAAAAAAACUAAACAAAAAUAAUAGGGACAUAACAAAGAAGGCGAGCAUGCAAUUCUUAAUGAAACAGUAGAUAUGGAUAAUUAAGAGUUUUCAAAAGCUAUGGAUGAAAAAUUAAAUUAGUUCUAUAGUAGCUAAUCAUAAAGAGUUAAUAAAAAUAUAUCACAUAUUUCAGAUAUAUCUAGAUUAUCGACCACAUUAUAAUAGCCAUCAAUAUUAUCACAAAAUUUUAAUAUCUAUGAAGAAUCAAUCAGCGAAGCACCUUUCUAAUAAAUUAAUAUAUCGAAUUAUUUAAAUGCUUCCACCCUAGUUGACUAACCAAUUUUGAAUCUUACUAAGAAAUUUGAUGAAGCAAUAAGCCUAAAAGAAAAUGAUAAUAAUGUGCUCCUUUCUGAAGAACUUAUUUCUAAAUUAGAAAAAGCAAUGCAAAAUAUAAAUAUUGAUUUAGUAAAAUAAGACUAAGGUGGAGUGGAUAUGAUGGAUUUUAACUAGGAUAACUAAGGCGGCUACAUGGAUUAUCCUGAUGAUUUUGGUAGCUUAGAUUAAUAUAAUCAAUAAAAAGAAGAAUAAGAUGGAGAACUAGAAAUUCCUGUUCAAAUACCAGAAAUAUAAAAAUCUAAGCUAGAAAAAGAUAAAAAAAUUGAUGAAAUUGAUAGUUUAUAAGACUUUGAUAUUACUCCUCUUGAUAAAAAAAUUCUUACAGAAGAGGAAUAAAGAGUUCUUCAGUAAUAUGACAAAUUAUUCACAAAAUUAAGAGAUAUCCUAGACAAAGAACCAACUGCUGAGUUUAACGAUGUUUAUUAAUCAUUCAAAAACUAAAAGAGUAAAGCAGAGCUCUUCUACGAUAUUUUGGAGUUAUAAAAGCUUGGUCAGAUUUCUGUUUCUUAAAACGAUAAUAUUCAUUUUUCACCAAUACAAAUUCUUAUCAAAUGA